AACGUAUUAACUUCCAUGAAAGAGUUCACUGUUGUUCAUUGCCGGCCCACAUACAGUCAGCAUCGUAUACAUCCAUACGUGCGGUCUAGACGAAAAUACCUACCGUUCAAGGACUGCAUUGGCGCAAUAGACGGAACACAUGUCAGUGCAUGGGUUACGGGGCCAGAUGCGGCAACAUAUUUCGGUAGGAAAUACUGUCACACGCAAAAUAUAAUGGCCGCUGUCGAUUUUGACAUGUGUUUCAUAUUCAUUUCUUGCGGAUGGGAAGGAAGUAUGCAUGAUAGUCGCAUAUUCAACGAGAUACUAACAAAUGACAACGUCCCCUUCCCACAUCCUGACGAAGGCAAAUAUUAUCUUGUCGAUUCUGGCUAUGCAAACCGGAUUGGUUACUUAGCACCAUUCAAAGGCCACCGUUACCACCAACAAGAAUUCCGGCGUAUUGCACGGAACGCGAUGGCAAACACGCCAAGGGAAUUAUUUAACAAAGUGCACUCGUCCUUACGCAGUGUGGUGGAACGCACUUUCGGUGCCUGGAAAAAUCGAUGGGGGUUUAUUCGAGACAUGCCUCUGUAUGACUUUGCAAAUGUGCAAGUUCAGUUAGUAGGUGCGUCAAUGGCAUUACAUAAUUAUAUACGGCGAAACACAGGUAACCCAACAACUGUUCAGCCAAUCUGUGACGAGGAAGAGGCUAUGACAAUAGUAACUGCCAUACCAGAAGUUGAACAUGACGAGGAUGGUUUAAUGGUUGGAGAUGAGGACCCCCAUAUGGCAUUGGUCCGCCUUCACAUACGUGACAAAUUAUGUUACAUGCGUAAUAACGGAAUGUUAGGAAAUAUAUAGUAGUCGAAAUAAUUUUCGUAUGGUUGUCACAUAAUGACACACGUGAAACAGACUGUAUUCAAAUAUAUUAUCAUGUACAAUAUGUAUGAGUUUCCACGGGAAUGUAACC